AUGAGGCGGCUGAUCUGCAAGAGGAUCUGUGAUUACAAAAGCUUUGACGAUGAAGAGUCAGUGGAUGGAAAUAGGCCAUCAUCAGCUGCUUCAGCCUUCAAGGUUCCGGCACCUAAAAAGCCAGGAAAUCCUUCAAACAGUGCAAGAAAGCCAGGAUCAGCUGGUGGGCCUAAGGUUGGAGGUUCUACUAAAGAAGGAGGAGCUGGAGCUGUGGAUGAAGAUGAUUUUAUUAAGGCAUUUACAGAUGUUCCUACUGUACAGAUCUAUUCUAGUCGAGAACUUGAAGAAACAUUGAACAAAAUCAGGGAAAUUCUCUCAGAUGACAAACAUGAUUGGGAUCAACGAACUAAUGCGCUGAAGAAAGUUCGGUCACUGCUUGUUGCUGGAGCUGCACAGUAUGAUGGAUUUUUCCAGCAUUUGCGGUUGUUGGAUGGCGCUUUCAAGCUGUCGGCGAAGGACCUCAGAUCCCAGGUGGUUAGGGAAGCAUGCAUUACGGUGGCCCAUCUUUCAACUGUUUUGGGAAACAAGUUUGAUCACGGCGCUGAAGCUAUUGUGCCUACUCUUUUUAAUCUGGUUCCCAACAGCGCCAAAGUGAUGGCAACUUCUGGGUGUGCAGCCAUUAGAUUCAUUAUUCGGCAUACCCAUGUGCCACGACUCAUACCUUUAAUAACAAGCAACUGUACCUCAAAGUCAGUUGCCGUUAGAAGGCGCUCCUUUGAAUUUUUAGACCUGUUAUUACAAGAGUGGCAGACACAUUCAUUGGAAAGGCAUGCAGCUGUCUUGGUUGAAACCAUCAAGAAGGGCAUUCAUGAUGCUGAUGCAGAAGCAAGAGUGGAGGCAAGAAAGGCUUAUCUGGGUCUUAGAAAUCACUUUCCUGGUGAAGCUGAGACUCUGUACAAUUCUCUUGAGCCGCCCUAUCAAAGAAGCCUCCAGACCUACCUGAAGAGUUCUGGCAGUGUAGCAUCUCUCCCCCAGUCAGACAGGUCAUCCUCCAGCUCACAGGAGAGCCUCAAUCGGCCUCUAUCUUCUAAAUGGUCUGCAGCCAGCCCAGCAAGCUUUGCAGGCAGAGUUUCAGGCAGCAGCAAGUGUGUUCCAAGCCCGGGAACCCUGCAGCGGUCUCGCAGCGACAUCGAUGUUAACGCUGCCGCAGGUGCGAAGGCCCGCCACGCUGCUGGGCAGACAGCUGGAGCCGGGCGCUUGUCAGCGGCUGGUCUGCCCCCGGGAUCUUACGCUUCGCUAGAGGAUACUUCUGACAAGAUGGAUGGAACAGCUUCUGAAGAUGGUCGUGUACGAACAAAGCUUUCAACGCCUUCUGUUGGUAUUGGAAAUUCUAAAACAGAUUCCAGAGGACGGAGUAGAACCAAAGUGGUGUCACAGUCUCAGCCUGGCAGUAGAUCUGGGUCUCCUGGAAGAGUUUUGACAACAACCACACUUUCCACGAUGAACACAGGAGUUCAGAGAGUGUUAGUAAAUCCUGCAACUGCACAAAAGCGAAGCAAAAUCCCACGAAGUCAGGGAUGCAGUAGAGAAGCUAGUCCUUCUAGAUUGUCAGUAGCACGAGGCAGCCGCAUUCCUCGGCCUAGUGUAAGUCAGGGGUGCAGUCGGGAGGCCAGCCGUGAAAGUAGCAGGGACACAAGCCCUGUCCGCUCUUUUCCACCCCUUGGUACUGGCUUCGGAAUUAGUCAGUCGAGUAGAUUGUCGUCGUCAGUUAGCGCCAUGCGGGUUCUGAACACAGGUUCUGAUGUGGAAGAGGCAGUGGCAGAUGCUUUGAAGAAGCCUGUGCGAAGAAGAUACGAGUCCUACGGGAUGUACUCCGAUGAUGACGCCAACAGUGAUGCAUCAAGUGCCUGUUCCGAAAGGUCCUAUAGCUCUAGGAAUGGAAGCAUACCAACAUAUAUGAGACAGACAGAAGAUGUAGCUGAAGUCCUAAACCGCUGUGCCAGCUCCAACUGGUCAGAGAGAAAAGAGGGCCUCCUAGGCCUCCAAAACUUAUUAAAGAACCAGAGAACUUUAAGUCGUGUUGAGUUGAAAAGGUUGUGUGAAAUCUUCACGAGAAUGUUUGCGGAUCCUCACAGUAAGAGAGUGUUCAGUAUGUUUUUGGAGACACUGGUGGACUUCAUCCAGGUCCAUAAAGAAGAUCUGCAGGACUGGCUGUUUGUGCUGCUGACACAGCUGUUGAAAAAAAUGGGUGCUGAUUUGCUUGGGUCUGUACAAGCAAAAGUUCAGAAGGCACUUGAUGUCACAAGGGAAUCUUUUCCAAAUGACCUCCAGUUCAGUAUUUUAAUGAGAUUUACUGUUGACCAGACCCAAACACCUAGCCUGAAGGUCAAAGUUGCAAUCCUUAAAUACAUAGAGACUCUUGCACAACAGAUGGAUCCGGGAGAUUUUGUAAAUUCAAGUGAAACUAGGUUAGCAGUGUCUCGAAUCAUCACCUGGACCACAGAACCCAAAAGCUCAGACGUUAGGAAGGCUGCACAGUCAGUGCUCAUUUCCCUUUUUGAACUCAACACUCCAGAGUUUACAAUGCUGUUGGGUGCUUUACCAAAAACAUUUCAGGAUGGAGCCACAAAGCUUUUCCAUAAUCACCUCCGGAAUACAGGCAACACUGGUCAGGGAUCAAUGGGAAGUCCUUUAACAAGACCUACUCCACGCUCCCCCGCAAGUUGGUCAAGUCCUCUCACUUCCCCAACCAAUACAUCACAGAACACACUGUCACCAAGUGCAUUUGACUAUGACACUGAAAAUAUGAAUUCUGAAGAUAUUUACAGCUCUCUCCGUGGAGUCACUGAAGCCAUUCAGAAUUUCAGUUUUCGUAGUCAGGAAGAUAUGAAUGAGCCUGUAAAACGAGAUUCCAAAAAAGAUGAUGGCGAUUCGAUUUGCAGUGCUUCUGGAAUAGUAGACUUAAGAGCAGGAAGUGGUGUGAGUGAUACAGGCCGAACAGCUCUUGAUAACAAAACAUCCUUACUCAACACAAUGCCUCCCCACUCUUCGCCACGUUCACGAGAUUAUAACCCAUACAAUUAUUCUGAUGGCAUCAGCUCAUUUAAUAAAUCUGCUUUGAAAGAAGCCAUGUUCGAUGACGAUGCAGAGCAGUUUCCUGAUGAGCCUUCCAUGGACCAUUCUGAUCUGGUUGCAGAGUUACUGAAAGAGUUAUCAAAUCAUAAUGAGAGAGUUGAGGAAAGAAAGGCUGCCCUCUACGAGCUCAUGAAGUUAACUCAAGAGGAGUCUUUUGGUGUUUGGGAUGAGCACUUCAAAACAAUACUACUUUUGCUGCUUGAAACACUUGGAGAUAAAGAGCAUGCGAUUAGAGCUUUGGCAUUGAAAGUUCUAAGGGAAAUCCUAAGAAACCAGCCAGCAAGGUUUAAGAAUUACGCAGAGCUCACAAUCAUGAAGACGUUAGAAGCGCAUAAGGAUCCUCAUAAGGAGGUGGUGAGAUCUGCUGAGGAAGCUGCUUCCAUGCUGGCCACUUCCAUUAGCCCAGAUCAGUGCAUCAAAGUUCUUUGUCCAAUUAUCCAAACUGCAGAUUACCCCAUUAAUCUGGCUGCAAUCAAAAUGCAGACGAAAGUCAUAGAAAGAGUAUCUAAAGAAACCCUCACUCAGCUAUUACCAGAGAUUGUGCCAGGUCUGAUACAGGGUUAUGAUAAUUCAGAGAGCAGUGUUCGUAAGGCAUGUGUGUUCUGCCUUGUAGCCAUUCAUGCAGUAAUUGGAGAUGAACUAAAACCACAUCUCAGUCAACUCACUGGCAGCAAAAUGAAAUUAUUGAACCUUUACAUCAAACGUGCACAAACAGGCUCUGGACCAGGGGACACCGCAGCAGAUCUGUCUGGACAAAGCUAAUGAAGCUGACAGGAGUUGACCAGGUCUCCUAAAGCAAGGGCCAAGGCCCUCUUCAGCGAAAGGAAAAUUCUUACGUACAAUUUUGGAACAUUUUUCCUUGGUUGUUGGUUUUUCCCCCCCCCUCCCCUUUCUUUUGUUUUGGGUUGUUUGGGGUUUUUUUUUCCCUUUAACCAAAGGCUGUUCUCCAGCCUGCAUGUGACUGUUGCAAUAGAAUUAUUCCAGAUCCAAGGAAAAACAGUAUUAACAUCAGUUGAUCAAAGCAGAAUAAAAUUAAAAAAUAAUCU